UUUGAGGCCGCAACAACAACUCGGCGUCAGCCUGUGUUCAGUCCGAGGAAAAGAAGACGUAGUCGCUCGUGAAGGUCAUACGUUGUUUCUUGCAUCUCUGCAGGAAGGAACUUCGCUGCUACCUCACUACUGUAUAUCUCGCAUGCACCGGUCAACAGAUGGCCAGCGAGAACAACGCUGAUCCCGUGCACUCUGAAAGCAUCGCCGGCCCGGAGAGCGCACUCCACGUGUGCCGCAUUUGCUUCCAGUAUGCGAACGAAGAACGCGGACCACUCGUGGCUCCAUGCUCUUGCAAGGGCUCCAUUGGUCUCACGCACAAGUCUUGCCUGGAACAGUGGCUGCGGCAGCGCAAAACGGACCAGUGCAACGUCUGCCUCGCCAAGUUCAACAUCCGCAGGACGCCUGCCCCACUGUACAAAUUUUUCGGAGUUUCUGACAACCGCACGGACGUGAUGCGCAUGGCCGUCAACGUGUUGUCCUGCGUGGGUGACGUGCUGGUGCUGGGCUUAGCCUGGACCUACGCGGCUAAAAUUCUGGGCAGCCAGGGCUGGUUUGCCUAUACCGUUAUCGUCCUGGUGCUCCUCUUCCAGUCGCUCUUUUGGUUGACUGUUGAAGGAAUACGGGCAUGGACGUGCUACGAACCCGUGCGGCGAUGGCGCAAGAUUAACGCGUCAGUGGAACUCCUUCUGGACGAGCGCGCCACCACUGUCGUCGAAGUUCCAGAAACCCGCAGUAAGCCAGAGGUUCCAGCAGGGAUCGAGAGAGCGCCCACCAGUGCGACUCCAUUCCGUUCGGCAACUGCGUCACCCUUGCGCCUCGCGCGCAGCCUUCCAUCCAUCCUCACCAGUGCUGUGAGAAAGGAUACUCAGGAGCCGACCUCUCUACUAACACCUGCCACCUUUGCAAUGCACAACGAGGUCGGAGAGAACCCUGAUGGAUACAAAACGCACCGUAGAUCCAUAUAACUGUGACACAAAUGCUCAAGUUAAUGUCCACCUUGGACGCGGUUUGCGAACGUCACUUCACUUUUACCUGGCGAACCAGUCGCGCUUAUGAGCAAGAUGUAUUUUGCCACUUUCUUUGUCUAGUUUGGCUUCAAGGCUUUCAGUAUUUGAUGGUUUUCAGUAGGAGCCGACUGCCGGUGUCACAUACCGCGGGUCACUAAUUGCGCAUUUUUUUGUGUAAUGUAAAUGCAGGUUCUAAAACUAUGUAGCGAAUAAA